AUGAGUGGCUCGUCUGACCCCAAGCCCGCGCCCGCUUCCGUCGAGCCUCCUCGCGUGAUCCCCGGCUUGUCGACGUCGACGACCCCCACUCCCUCGUCCAAGCCCCGCAAGCGCAGCGCAAAGAAGAAGGACGCCUCGACGCCGUUCGCAGGCACCGUCGAGGGUGAGGCGACGACUCCCUCGGACGUUCCUGUCCCCGUCCCCGUCGAGACUGGAGCGGGAGCUGGAGGGGAGGAGGACCUCGUCAUUCCCGAGAAGCAGACGAGCGCGGUCGAGGUCGUGCAGAAGAGGAUCAGGUCGGCCAACAAAAAGAUCCAACGUAUCGAAGGCUACGAGGCGAGCACGACGGCGCUGAACGCGGAUCAGCAGCGCGCGGUCCAAGGCAAGCCUGUUCUUGAGGCCGUCAUCCGCGAGUUGACAGAGCUGCUGGGCGUUCUCAAGGCUGAGGACGCCGAAGAGGAGACGCGCUUGAAGCGCGUUGCGGUCGUCGAGGAGAAGAAGCAGGCUCGCGCGAUCGAUGCCGCCGUUCAGGCUUCAAAGGACGAAGCGCAGUCCCAGCUCGUUCUCCUCUUCCAGUUCCUGCACCUCUUCAGUCUCUUCAACCCCCAGUCUGCCUUUGCUCCUCCCGCUCUCCCCGCCGCCCUUGCCAACGCCACCGAAAACGACGUCGCUACUGUCCGCUACCUCUACGCCCAAUUCGCCGACGGACCUCUGCUCGGUGGUCGCGACGAUGCCAUCGAGAAGCUCGCCAAGAUCGCAGAGGGCAGGGACGAGGUGGUCCUUGAGGAGCUGGGCGUCACUUUCGCUCGCAUUCAGCAGCUCUUGCACGGCAUGACUGCACCCCCUCAGCCCGAGAUCCCGCAGGAGGACGCCGGACUCGUUACCCCGAACGAGCAGCCCGCUGGUCCCGCCGACUCUGUCGUCGCCCUCAUCGAUGGCGCGACCGAGGAAAUCCAUGCGCCUCCUGCUCCCUCGUUCCUCCAGCCGUCAGAGGUCGAGCAGACUGCUGCCGCGACCCCUCCGGCCGAGGAAAAGGUGCAGAAUUGGGCCGAAGAGCUCAGCCAGGCGCAGGCUCCUCCUCCCUCUGCUCCCGCCACCCCGACUACCGAGACCGCAAACAUCCCCAUUACACCCGCGCCGAACGGCCACGCCGACUUUGCCGCCCCUCCCGCCGCGCCGCAGACGCAGACGCUCGACUGGGCUGCCGAGGACGAAGGCGGCCUUCCUCACCUUCCCGAGCUCGCCCCGCCCGUUCCGGUCGUCUCUGUUCCGUCUAGCGGCGCCCAGGCUGCUCCUCUCGCUCCCGCCACCCAGCAGCAGCAGAUGACGCCGUCGACCUCGUCGGACGGCUUUGUCCCGGCUCGCCAGCCUCGUCGCACGGGCUCUGAGCGCGGCCCUCGUGGUGCAGGAGGAGGAGGUCCUCACCGUGGCGGCCGCGGUCGCGGACGUGGACGCGGCGGCUUCAACGGCGAGAGGACUGGCUCGUUUGAAGGUCAGGGUGGGCAGGGUGGCGCGGCUGGCGAGGGCAGGCCGCCGAGGCCUGACAGGCAGGACAGCGGAGAGGGACGACGAGGAUCGUUCCGUGGUGCCGGACGCGGCGGACCGAGGGGCGGUGGAGGUCGCGGCGGUCGCGGCGGAAAGGGUGGCGCUCAGCAGGGCGCAGCCGGCCAGCCUACCACGCAUCCCGCUCCUGCCCCUACCGCCUAG